GCUGACUCGCUGUGGCUUCUCCAUUCCCACUUGUCUCUGCUUCUAUUUAUUGUCCGAAGGACAAAAAAAUCCGCAACAAGAGAAAAUUCCGACAAACUUCGGCAAAACCAACGGUGACUCUCCGGCGAUGAAGUAACUAUGGGUUUCUUCAGUCGUCUGUUCGGUAGUAAGAAGCAGGAGAAAACAACACAUACGAAGAACAACACUCGAAAGUGGAGCUUCACCACCAGAUCCUCGAAUCCGGCGUCGUCGUCUUCUCAUCCAAGCAAGAGACGUCCCGAUGAAGAACCCUUGGACGCCGAAAAGCAUGCGAUAGCCGUCGCAGCUGCCACCGCCGCGGUGGCUGAGGCGGCACUAGCGGCUGCUCAUGCGGCGGCGGAGGUCGUGAGACUCACCGGAAGAGGCGGCGGUAGAACCUCGUCGGUAACUCAAAACAAUCGGAAUAAUCGCCGGUUGGCUCAAGAGUAUCUAGCGGCGGUCAAGAUUCAAUCAGCUUUCCGUGGCUACUUGGCGAGGAGAGCGUUGAGAGCACUGAAGGCGUUAGUGAAGCUCCAAGCGUUAGUGAAAGGGCACAUAGUGAGGAAACAAACGGCUGAUAUGCUGCGUCGGAUGCAAACGCUGGUUAGGCUCCAAGCUCGAGCAAGAGCAUCUCGUUCUUCUCAUCAUGUUCCUCCCUCUCCACACACUCUCCACGCACGAUGCGUCUCAGAGGCUGAAUACAGCAAAGUCAUCGCCAUGGACCACCAACACCGUUCCCAUAUGAGUUCGAGCCAAUGGAGGAGGACAGAGGGAUCUCUCUGGAACGCACCGCAGUACAGCGAAGACAAUGACAAGAUCCUAGAAGUCGACACUUGGAAGCCUCACUUCGCUUCCUACUACCACAAGGAGUCGUCGCCAAGUAAAAGAGGAUCUCUCCCUACGAGUCCACAAGUAAGGUCUAGGCCAGGAAGCAGCAGCGGCGGUUCAAGGAGAAGAACACCGUUCACGCCGACGAGAAGCGAGUACGAGUACUGCUCUGGGUAUUACCCUAACUACAUGGCUAACACCGAGUCUUACAGAGCAAAAGUCCGGUCACAAAGUGCACCAAGACAGAGGCUUCACGAGUUGUCUUCAGAGAGUGGCUACAAGAGGUCAGUUCAGGGACAGUAUUACUACUACACAGCGGCUGCAGAGCGUUCGUUUGAUCAGCGUUCAGAUAAGACGAUGUAUUCUUCUUCAUAUCUCAGUUCUGAUCCUAAUUUGUUUUAAUUAGUUGAAGGAAUGUGUAAAUCAGAGAGUCCACAUACAAGUACAGACAGUGAUCAGUCUCUGUUUUGUAUUUUUCUAUUGACUAGAUCGAUCCUACGGUACAGAUCUCGUUGUACCAACAGGCUUGGGGGUCCACAUUUGUCUGGUUAAAGAAACUUCAAUAAUUU